GACACGGUCGGGAGGGCUUCGACUGGUCCCCGUGGUCCCCGAUUCUGGUUUGGACAGUUUGCUGACCAGCUAGCCGUGUGCAUGUUGUAAUGUAAUCACGUUCUCUUCACUUUCCAAGCCUUUUUAUUAAAAUUGCUCUACCAGCAAACAGUAAAGCUGCUGCUGAGGGAAGCCCUCGUGUCGUAGAUUGCCUAUGACAUAAACUCCCGCGGUUUAUUCGGACUGGAACGCGUUGAACAGGACUUUCAAAGGAAAGGAAUAAUGCUGUCAGCAUGUCUGCACACUCCAUGCUCUGUGAACGAAUCGCCAUUGCCAAGGAACUGAUCAAGAGAGCAGAGUCCCUUUCUAGAUCAAGAAAAGGCGGCAUCGAAGGUGGUGCAAAGCUGUGCAGCAAAUUGAAGGCAGAAUUGAAAUUCUUACAGAAAGUGGAAGCUGGGAAAGUAGCUAUUAAGGAAUCCCAUUUACAGAGCACCAAUCUAACACACCUACGAGCCAUUGUGGAAUCAGCAGAAAACUUGGAAGAAGUUGUUAGUGUCCUUCACGUCUUCGGCUACACAGAUUCCUUGGGAGAGAAGCAGACCCUCGUCGUGGAUGUCGUCGCAAAUGGUGGUCAUACGUGGGUGAAGGCCAUUGGCCGAAAGGCAGAAGCUCUCCACAACAUUUGGCUGGGCAGGGGCCAGUAUGGCGACAAAAGUGUCAUUGAACAGGCUGAAGACUUCCUCCAGGCCAGUCACCAGCAGCCGGUGCAGUAUAGCAAUCCUCACAUCAUCUUUGCAUUUUACAACAGUGUCUCCAGCCCCAUGGCAGAGAAGCUCAAAGAAAUGGGCAUAUCUGUGAGAGGAGACAUAGUAGCGGUUAACUCUCUGUUAGAUCACCCUGAGGAGCUCCAGCCCAGUGAGAGCGAGUCGGAUGACGAAGGCCCAGAACUUUUGCAGGUGACCAGAGUGGACCGAGAAAAUAUUCUAGCAAGUGUUGCAUUUCCAACAGAAAUUAAGGUCGAUGUGUGCAAAAGAGUCAAUCUGGACAUUACUACUUUAAUUACAUAUGUAUCUGCCCUUAGCUAUGGAGGCUGCCACUUUAUCUUCAAAGAGAAAGUGCUUACUGAACAAGCAGAGCAAGAGAGGAAAGAGCAGGUUUUGCCGCAGCUGGAGGCAUUUAUGAAGGACAAGGAGUUGUUUGCUUGUGAAUCUGCUGUCAAGGACUUUCAGUCUAUUCUAGAUACCUUAGGAGGACCCGGGGAGAGAGAGAGGGCCACUAUGCUAAUUAAGCAGAUUAAUGUGGUGCCAGACCAGCCUUCUGAGCGUGCCUUGAGACUAGUGGCCAGUUCAAAAAUCAAUAGCCGCUCAUUAACCAUUUUUGGGACAGGAGACACUCUAAAAGCCAUCACAAUGACUGCCAAUAGUGGUUUUGUCAGAGCUGCCAACAACCAGGGUGUUAAAUUUAGUGUGUUUAUCCAUCAGCCCAGAGCACUUACUGAAAGCAAAGAGGCUCUAGCCACCCCCUUACCAAAAGACUACACAACUGACAAUGAACACUAAUGAUAGCCUUUAACUAUUGUCAUGGAAAUAAGUUAUUUAUACCAAAGGCUGGGUCUUCCCGUCUUUAAAUGGGGAGGAAGAAAAGGUCUAUAGUAAAAAUAAUACUUAAAGCUCUUAAACCAGUGGAGUGGAUUGUGUGUCAUCUCUAAAAUAUAUAAUCUAAAGUAGAAAAAGCACAAGAGGCAAGCUUAUUUAUCAAAGUGUCUACAUUAUAGCAAUUAAGAACAGAAAUACAUCUAUAUAAAGCUUUUAGCUGUAUUGCAGUACUUUUAUUUGACUCAGUAAGGGCAACAACCCCCUAGUGGUAAUCAGCAUUUCUUGGAAUAGGGCUACACCGCGUCUCACAUUAAAUAUCUGGAGAAAACUGAAGCUUGUUUUUCGUUAUAUUGGUUCAUCAGUUGGUCGAGGCUGGGAAGUAAUAGUUGAUAAUUAAUUUUAGAUUAUAAGGUUUUGGCUAUUAAUGAAAAACUUCCUUGAUUGCUAUGUGUCAGGCAUACACUUGUUGGUGCAUUUACAAAGAGUACAAUAACAGAAGAAAAUAAAGUGAAUACUGGUCUUGUGAGUCCCAUGAACCUAUGGAUACACCUUUGUGAAAAGAUAGUCCCACUACUAUAAAACUGGGACAUUUAAUGUAAAAUGUUAAUUUGAAUAAAUUGUAAAAGAAUCAUAAAAACAAUUUUAAAAGAAUUCAAAUUUUACGUUUAAGUACAAAUAGUUCCCAUACUGCAAGUAUUUGACUUAUAAAUACUGCCUUUACUCUUUGUUUUGCAAGUGCAAGUGACAACUGCAUUACUUCACUCUUGUGAAACGGUGGUAGGGGAGAUUCCAUGCCUGUUGCAUGACAAGUUGUAAUUAAAAAUAAAUUUUUUUUAAGUCCACA